AUGCCUUCAAUUUCGGAUCUGUUUUCUAUAGUAACAGACCGCUCUCGUUAUUCACAUCACAGAGAAAGAUGGCUUGCCGGCAGUUAUGGGCUUCAAGAGCUGCAUCAUACCUCAGGAUCUCUGUCUUUCACAGAAGCUUCUCUUAUGGUUAAAAAGAUCCCUUCGACCGAUGCUACCGGUACACCGAACUCGCAGAAUGGUGAUUCCAAGGACAAAGGAAGGAAGUUUGUUGAAACUAUUGAGCUUCAAAUUGGCCUCAAGAACUACGAUCCACAAAAGGAUAAACAUUUCAGCGGCUCCGUCAAGUUGCCUCACAUCCCUCGCCCUAAGAUGAAGAUUUGUAUGCUUGGAGAUGCCCAACACGUUGAAGAGGCAGAGAAAAUUGGUUUGGAGUCAAUGGAUGUUGAAGCUUUGAAGAAGCUCAACAAGAAUAAGAAGUUGGUGAAGAAACUUGCCAAGAAGCACCAUGCCUUCUUAGCUUCUGAGUCUGUCAUUAAACAGAUUCCCCGUCUCUUGGGUCCUGGUCUCAACAAAGCAGGCAUGUUUUUAUCCCCUGGCUUAGGAUUUUGGAUAUUUUGAGAACAUUUAGCACAGCUGUUUUGAUCAUUAGAUAUGAUGUAUUGGAGUCUUUUUAUUUG